AUGUCUCCCACCACCACCAUCCUCAGAGCCACCUUCCGCACCCCCCAAUUGCUGUCUCGCAGCUUCACCACCUCGCAUCCCCACGCCUCCCGCCUGCGUCAACCCGGCGAACCCACGGGCCCCAACGAACCCCCAUCGCACAUCUCUGCCCCACCCUCCAAGUCGCCUCUCAAGGUCUGGCCCAUUGUCGGUAUUUUCGCCCUCGGCAGCUUUCUCUUCAAGAAGAUUGUCGACCAGCGCAAGGAAGAAGCCGCAUACAAGCCUCCAGGGUCCUGUAACGUAUACAUCUUCGACGAACAUCUCAAGAUGCCUGCUAUCGACAACCUCGGCGCUACGACGCGCACCAGCCCUCUUUGGUCGGCGGAUGAGGUCACUGUGAUCUUCGUCCUCGGCGGCCCUGGUGCGGGCAAGGGGACGCAGUGCCAGAAACUCGUGUCGGAUUAUGGCUUCAAGCACCUCUCUGCUGGAGACUUGCUGCGCGAGGAGCAGGACCGUCCUGGUAGCGAGUUCGGCGAGAUGAUCAAGGCGUACAUCAAGGAGGGCACGAUUGUGCCCAUGGAGGUUACCGUCCAGUUGCUGGAGAAUGCUAUGAAGGCAAGCAUGGCAGGCGAGAACAAGAAGGGGCUGUUCUUGAUUGAUGGCUUCCCUCGCAAACUCGACCAAGCCCACGCCUUCGAGCGCACCGUCGUGCCCUCCAAGUUCACCCUCUUCUUCGAGUGCUCCGAGGCCGUCAUGGAGAAGCGCCUGCUACACCGUGGUGAGACUUCUGGCCGUGCUGACGACAACCUCGAGUCGAUCAAGAAGCGCUUCCGCGUCUUCGUCGAGACGAGCAUGCCCGUGGUCGACGAGUUUGAGAAGCAGGGCCGGGUAGUCAAGGUCAACGCCGAGCGGGACCCGAACGAGGUGUACGCCGAUGUUCAAAAGUUCUUUGCCGAGAGGGGUGUUAAGCCCAUCUAGCUCAAGUUCGUGCAGACGUAGAAUGCAUAGACCUUGAGACAUCACGAUAGACGGCUUCCGUAGAAUAAUUGCACAGUACAUAUC